GGCGAAUAUGCUAAUGACUCAAGUCGACUAUCGUAGUUAAAGUCAAAUUGUAUGGUCGUUGAUAAAGAUCGAGUUUUUUUUACAGAAGUACAUUCUUGAUAAACUGGUUAUUGAGUGAUAAACGAUUUUAACCUUCACAAACUAGUUGUAAAAGGAUGUGGCACGACGGUUAGGAAUAGGCAAUUGUUUGUUUUUGUGCGUUGAACUUCCUAACAGUGACUUCUCAAAUAUCGAUAGUGGAUUAGUGAAAAAAGAAUACUUACCAUUAAAGGCUUACAAAAUAUAGAUUUUGAAAUGGUGAAAAAAAUCCGGAAAAUGUCAUAGUGUCAUUUCUACCGAUUAGUUACCGAUAGAUUGCGAUGUUAAGAUAUGUCGAUAUACGCACAACCAUUAUUGUAGUGAAUAAACUUUCGUGAUGGGUGAUGUUAUGCACAUAUCAGGAAAAUAUUGUCUACCGCAUUGCGGGAAGCAGAUGAUUUCCAGUAAACAGCUUCUCUCGAUGAAAAUGGAAUUUCCAAGCAAAAACACACAGCAUAGUUUUAUUUGGCGAGGUGCAUGAAAGGGAAGGACGUCAUGUGUGAAAGAUGGCUAAAACGUACAGCUCUCAGUACAACAUUAAGAAAGCAGCACGUCAUUGCAUGUCUUGCUGACAGCCUUGUAACUUCUUGAACCUGCAUUAUCAGGGUAGAGCAGGUGAAGGACUCCGACUUCGUUCUGUUGGAUUAUGCGAUCGUGUCUCUAUCAGUCGUCAGCAGACAACUGGCCGCACCGAUAUACACGGAGUCCGUCUUGGCUGUGUCAAGGAUGUUAUUUAAGUGAGGACUUGCAUUGCGAAAAUGAGGGGCUCAGCAGUGGUGCACGUUGAAAACAAUUAUGAAGGAAUUGUUGCUCAUACGUCAGAUGUGAUUUCAUUGCUUCCAGUCGCCCAACAGGCGGCGACGGAACCUGAAAGUUCGCACCCAGGUUCAGCAAGUCUUGUGUCCCGAACGGCUUAUCCAGAUCUUUCUCCAGGUCUAGAGGACACAAGUCAAGAUUCCCUGACACACCUGCAUAACCAGUAUAUUAGAGCUAAUCGGCACAAGAGCGGAAGCACUGUCCGAUCACUCAGAAACUUGGCCUGUCGACGGGCGAGGCAGAGUGACAUGAGAAAUGUGAACUUUGUCUUGGAGGAACAGUGCACAACAGAAGACUUUAAGACCACAGUCGGCAGUGAAACUCUAGACAGACGGCAGCCGACAGUUAGGGUUGAACGUCUUGGUAGAAUUGUUCCCACCAGCAAUGGCAGCUAUCACAUCUUGGAUACAUCGCGGCUUGAGAGCUCGUCAUAUGUUUCUGCGCGUUCCUUUCGUGUAGACGGUGAAGUGGCCCGUGUAUGUACUGAGAUGGAUCGUGUAAGUGGUGCUGUGGAUGGUGUAAGUGGUGCUGUGGAUGGUGUAAGUGGUGCAUACGAUGUAACCGAUGGUGGUGAUUUUGUAAAUGAUGGUUAUAGCAGUAUGGUUGAUCUAGAUUCUGCAAACAAUUCUUCGCAGAACGAAAAAAUUUCGUCUGGGAAGUCCCAGAAUUUCAGAAAUUCUACUUUUGAGUCCAGAAUCUGGGAAAGAGAUCUUACCUUUGAUACCGUUCGUAACAGUCAUGCGUGCCCAGAAAAUAUUUCUACAAACGGGAAGUCCUUUCAGAAUAAUGUCUAUCAGGACUGGCAACCCUUGUACGAGAACAUAAGUGAUCCUGACAGUGAGCCAGAUUCCAUUAAGGGCACGGAGCCUUUGCAGGAACUAAAAUGUGAACUGGUUUCCACAAAACAUGUGAACCUGGACUGUGAUAUACCCAAGGACUAUGAAGAUCGGAGCAGGGACAGUGAGGUAAAGAAACGCAAGACAGUAUCUGUAAACAAACGGCGACAUUCGGCUCCUGAUCAUUCUGAAAGAAGGAGAAAGAAGGAAAAACAAAAGGAAAGGCACAGGAGAUUGUCGUUUAAUACGGAGACAGAUAUGCCGCAAACGGAUCACAUAGAACCCACGAAUAAACCAUACCUUAGUAGACUCGUCCUUUGCAAGGAUGCGAAAGUAAAGUCGUGGAAUGUUGUUAUUGAUCUGGCACAUGAUGAGAAAACCACUGAUGAUGAAUUUAAAGCUCCGGCGUUGCCUCUUCUCAAUAACAUAACAUUAAUAGAAGGGAACGGAAAUGCGGAGAAGAAAGAAGCAGUAAGAGCGAUAACAGAAGAUUCUUCAUCGGAUAUAGAAGAUUCGGCCAAAGAAUCGAGAGCUAGCAACGAAAAGACGAAGUCUUGGGACUACUCAAGCUAUGAAUUAAAUCAGGAAAUGAAGAUUGAAGAUGAAGAUACAAUCGAAGCUCCAAGAGGGUUUUUCAGUGUUCCGAAAGACCAUGUGACCAACACUUGCAGUUCAGAAAGUGCGAAAAAAGAAUGUUCUUUGCCAAACGAAACCGUCGGCGUCGUUACUAAAUCAUUAGGUACAAAACUGAAAGUCGAAAAUACUGUACCAACCAUAGAUACAUUAUCUGCUGACAAGAGUAACCUCGAGGUACUUAGAGUAACAGAUUCCUUAGAACGUUUUUCAGUAGACAAUUCUAUAGUUGCAAAAAUUGAAAGAGACGAAUUUGUGAAAGGUGUCUCAUGCAAUUCAGCGAACUCCAUGCACGUGGAAGAAUAUUCUGGUCUGGAAACGCAGAAUCAAAACACAGAUAUUGCAUCGGAGAGAAGCAUUGAUCCCGGAGAACUUCGAGGAAGUCUUGGAAGCGAUGCAAGUGGGAAUAAAGUUUCGGGUGUUGGGAGACGUGGGUCUUUUCAGGAAGGUCCUUCAGGCACGGCUUGUGACGACGCAGCAAGUAAAGUUAAUUUCAGUAACCGGACUGCAGAUUCGCUUCUCGUCAAUUCUGAAAACGUGAGCAGUGUCGGUAUCAACUCUGCAACAACUGAAAAUUCUGCGUCUUCUAACAAUGUCGGCUGGAGCCGUAAUUUUGAAGAAAGGGUUCAUCCUGGACGUAAAAUGAACGACAAAAUCUUGGAGAGUGGUAAAGAGGAAGUUUACAAAAACUUUGAAAAUCAUCCGUCAUUGGUGUCGAAGACGAUGCCUUCUCAACAGAGUAUUACUGGAGAAGAAAAUUUUACCAAAAGAAGCUUUGAAAAUAAUAAUGCAAGCAUUUCUUCAAGAUCACACAACCCAGUUAACUGUGGCCAAGAUAACGAAGUCGAUAAUUACGGUGCUGACACGGAUGUAGAACUUUCUAUAGAUGAGAGCAAAGUAGACAGAACUACGGAUCAUGCACAUAUGAAACACUGUGCGGGUGUACAAAUCGACAGUGAAAAUACCACUGAGGAUCUGAAAACAGCUCGUGAAUCUCACGACUUGACGAGUGGAAACAGUGGCUUCGUUUCGUCUAAAAUGAAGAAGAAGAAGAGAAGGCGAAAGGAGCUUAUCAUCAGCAUGGAAAGGCGAAAACAUGAAGAAAAGAAGGAGACGUCCAGUGACAAUUACAGAAUUCAUAAAAAAACACGUUUUUCCCGUCGAAGUUUCCGGCAUGACAGUAUUCAAAUGUUUAAGGUGUCGACAGCUUUCCCACCUCAUACAACCCUUGUGCCGUGGCGUUACAAGUGCAAGAAAUCGGAAUUGCCUGACCCCGUUGAUACUAGGGAUGUCAAUCCCCCCUCACCAGUUUUAAAUCCCAUCCCCACACAAUCACGAUUUGAUGACAAUGUUACAAAUAUCGAACUUGAAGACAUUCCAAGCCCUGGAAGCUUGACUAUCGACUUAGGUGAGCAAAAUACCAAUACGCCAGAUACAUCCGACACCAAGGAAGAGGAAGGAAGCAGGAAGAAAUGCAACAGCGAUGGAAGCGGUGGGGAAGAAGAAACAGUCUCGCGUCACAGGAGCAGAACGAAAUCCUCCGAAUCAGAUUCGGUGAUGAUGAAGGAAAAGGCAACUCUGGAUGCAUCAACGGAGAAUGACCAAGAACAUCCUCAAAGCGGCGACCUUGACAGCGAUUAUAGUAAUGAAGGGCAGAGCAAAACGAAACGGAAGAGUAUGAAGAAAAGGAAAUCAGUCGAUUCUACAGUUACCGCGGACGUUAUGCAGCACAUCUUUAUGGCCCAGAUGCAAGAGAAAGGGCGUCGCUUAGCACAGGAACUUCCAGGCUUUAACUGGCUCGAAGAGAAGAUCCGAAACGGAGGUGUGUCGACAGUGCUGACCCCCAGACGUCUCAGUGGAACAACCUGUUCCAGCAGUAAUGGCGGGUCCACUGUUGACACUUCCAGCACUGACAUGAGGGCAGUUCCUACUUCAGACGCUGCUGCAGUCGUCCUAAGUCCUCAUGUUUCCAAAAGUACGCUGGACGCUGCAAGAAGUAACGAACCUCCGCUCUCAUCAAGCCCAACGGAAUAUAGACACAGUAAGCGACUGCAAGAAUAUUUAUCAAGUCCUCCAAAGAGGGCCAAACAAGUCUCACCAGUGGCUUCCGAACUUGAAAAUCAGAGACAGGCUUUAGUUUCAGCACGAUCAGCGCAUGAGCACGGCGAAACACUGCGUGCACCAGCGACAUCGGCGCCGAUGCCAACUCUGCAACGUCUACUACAUUGCCCUCAGCUGAAAUCACCGAGGCAAAUUCAAUCCGCCCACACAGUGCCAGAGCGGGAGCCUUCGCCACACCAGCAACAGUCUUCAAGAAGACCUGUUAUAGUCAUGGCAUCUGAACUUUCUAAACGUUCGGACGUCAGUCCAUUGCUUCAACAGUUAACAAGUGGCGGAGAAUUAGAAGUUACCCUGUCUACACUUCCAACUUCAUCAUCAGCUUCAUCAGACUCCGGUGUCGGCUCAGCAUCGUCACACAGAACAUCGAGUGACGCCGAACAGACUGAAGUGACGCAUAUCAGAGUUAAACCAGUGCAUGGUCGGAAUGGCCCUCAGAAUGCUGAUGAGAGGCCUAGUGAUUCGAUUCCGUCUAGAAGUGUAGGUUACGGUGUGGACCAUCUGUCUCAGUUCCAUCAGCCAGAGAAAAACAGUUUCGUGCCUCAGGAUCGAAUCCCUGUGCAUGUCUGGAACAGAGAACCACCACAGUGGCAAGGCGUUUCAGAUGUGUCUGCAAGGAAGGUCCAUGAGAGAACUGCUGGCAAUCUCGAGACUGUGCCACCCUGUGGAAAUCCAGAUAGAACCUACUCAGAUCGCAUUGCCACAAUGGCACGCCAUGCUUCUACAUCAUUUGAUACAGGAUUUGGAAUAGGACUUGGUGCUUCUCAGGAGGCAGGUCAUCAAGUUCCAAGAUACAUACCACACAGACCAUCAGACUCAACCCAUCAGCAAACCACCUACCAGACAGAACACAUGUUGAAAACAUCUGGAUAUAUGCCACCUCUUGUUCAACAGCCAGGAAUUUUUUAUACCAGGCUACCACAACAUGGGCUCUACCAUCCUUCAUACGUGGUUCCACAACAGCCAGGUAAACCACAUAUUGUGAGGCCAUCAGCACAGUAUCCUGCUGGAGUGAGACCCUACUGCCCUCCACCUGCCUGCUUGCAAACAGUGACAGCAGUUGGUAAUAGCCAGGAUUUGAUCCCAGGAAUUCUAAAAUGCAACAACAGCCUUAAUGUCUCGCAGCCAAGCAUUUCAUCACAUUCCUCCCAAGGACUGAGGGAACCAAGAAUUUUACCAACUAUUUCUGCAGUACCAUCAAGUAGCAGUACCUCUGUACAGGAAGUGGCUUCAGUAGCUCAAAAUCAUACGCAGACUUCUGGUCUUCAACAUCAAGCAAGGUCUUCUGAUUCCCAGAUUGAAGAUUCUGGUCCUGAGAAUCAAGCAGAGACUGCUGAUCAUCAGAAUCAAGAACAAACUUGUGAUGCUGAGAAUCAAGAAAAGACUUCUGAUUGUCAGAACAAAGUACAAGCAUCUGAUCGACAGAUUCAAACACAGGCUUCUGAUUCUCUAACUAAAGAUAAAAACCCACCAAAGGAUUUAGAAGAAAUCAGAAAAGCUGCUGAGGCUGCUGCUGAGGAACUGGAAAAAUUAGAACAGCUCAAACAAACUACCAAGAAGGAUCUACAGAGAUUGAAAUUAGCCCAUGAGCAAGCAGUUGAUGAGCUAGCAAGAAUGCAAAAGCAGCUAGUGGAGACUGUGGGAGUUCAUAAAUUAGGACAGACCAUUCACCCAAGACCAGCUGUGCCAAGUGCCACUGCAGCGGCUACCAGAAGUUCCUUACCGGAAUUGUAUGAAACACUUCCAGCAGUUUCACAUGAGAGGUGUCAGUCACCUGUUGUACAUGAUAACCAUCAGUCAGCACAAACAUCGAGCAAUGCUGCAGCUCCUAAUGGACAUUCAAUACCAGAAUUGCAUACAGUGCUUCCAUCAGUUACACAGGAGAAUUGUCAGUCAACAGUUGCAAGUGAGAAAUGUCAGUCAGGAGAUACACAUAAGAAUCGGCUCUCAGCAGUUACGCAUGAAUAUCAUCGAUUAGGAAUUUCAUUUGAGAAUGAGACGCGACAAGAAUCAAUUAUCACUUCAGACUGCAGUGGAAGUUCCACAUCAGGAUUUAAUUCAACAUUUCCAGCAGUUACAAAAGUGAAUCAGCCAACAGAAGUAGAAUGCAAGAAUCAGCAGUCUGAAGUUGCAUGUGGGAGUCUUGAGACCCAACAAAAGCCGAGUGUCUCUUCAGACAGCAAUGAAAUUUCCGUACCAAGAUUAAAUACGACUUUUUCAAAAGUUGUGUGGGAGAAUCACCCAUUACAAAUUGAACAUAAGAAUCACCAGAAACAACAGAAACCAAAUGGCACUUCAGACAGCACUGGAAGUGUCACACCAGACUUGUGUGUAACAGUUCGAAAGGAUGCACAUGAGAAUCAUCUGAGACAACAAAAAUUUAAUGUCUCUUCACACGGUACUGGUUCUCUACCAGGAUUGAACUUAAAGUUUAAAACAGUUGUGUAUGAGAAUCAGAAAUCUGAAGUUGCAUGUGAGAAUCAACAAUCAGACCCUGCAUUCACGAAUCACAAGACACAUCGGACACCAAGUGUCACUUCAGAGAGUACAGGAAGUUCUGUACCUGGAGUGAAUACAUUUCCAGCAGUUGUACCAGUGAAUCUACAGUCAGAAGUUGUGUGUGAGCAUCAGCAGUCAGAAAUUGCAAGCAAGGAUUGUAAGACACAACAAAAACUUGGUGUUACUCCAGACAUUAUACAUACUGGAACUUCCAUGCCAGGAUCAAACAUGUUAUAUCCAAAAAUUGCAUGUGAUAAUCAUCACUCAGAAAGGUUAAAUAGCACAGUAAGCACAGUGGAAAAUUCUGGACCAACAUUGUUUACACCAUGUGCCACAACAGGACAUCAGAAUCAGGAACCAGUACAAAGACCAUUGCCUCUGCCACCAUCUUUACUAUCCCGAUCUCAGCCUCCUGUACCAAUAUCUGUUCCUCAGCAGCGAUCACCUUCACAAACAUUACCGGUGUCACAACAAAUAUCUCAUUCCCAGUCGCGACCAGUGCCUCAUCUACAGACUCACUCAAUGGUACUACCUCCACAUCCUUUCCCAACUCUACAGAGACCACAACAUUCCCAACCAGCAUCAGCUGUUCACCAACCUAUUCAACCACAACAUCCUAAACAUUUUCCUGGAUCUAGGCCAUCUGUUCAUCAACAGCUAUCAUAUGUGCCUCAGCGACCAUUUUAUCCUCACCUGUCACCAGUACCUCAGACAUCUCUGCAGUCUCAGUCAGAAACAUCUACACAUUUUAAAUCUUUACCAGUGUCUCAGAGACCUCCAUACUCUCAGUUGUCACCAGUGUCUCGGAUAUCCCCACAUUCUCAUUCAUUACCAGUGUCUCGGAUAUCUCCACAUUCUCAUUCAUUACCAGUGUCUCAGAUAUCUCCCCAUUCUCAGUUGUCACCAGUGUCUCAGAUGUCACGUCCUCAACAAGGAUCACUAUCCCAUCCACCAUUACAUCGCCAAACAUUACAAGUGCCUCAGCACUCACCAUCUGGAAAUCAACCAUUGCAGCUAUCAACAGACCAGCUGAGGGGCACAGCAAAUAUUCCAAAGUCGUCUCUGGAAAUGCUUGAAACAAAAAAUAAAUCAAUGCUACCUCCACCUAUGAGACAACAGCAUGUACUUCCAAAACCACCAUGGUUAUCAGGUUCUCACAUACCUAUUUCUGUCCACUCAGGUUGUACAUCAUUUCAGUCAGCCCCUGUAACUAUUACUGUACAUUCAAAACGGUCUCCCUCUAAUACAAAUGUUCCACAAGGCAGUUCAACUCAACAUCCUUUGACUAUAUCACAAGUACCACCUGUGCUCUCCCAUACAGCUAUUAUUUCAUCUUCAACUUCUAACAAGUUACCCAGUAGUACUGUUGAAGAAUCUCCAUUGGACCUGUCAGUCAGUAAACGAAAGUCGCCAAGCAACGACAAAAGCAAACCACCAGUUCCUAUUUCAUCCACAGUUCUAUCACCAUACCAGCAUAUUGAACAGAGUUCCAGACAUCAUCAAGAUAGAUCACAAAAUCAGCCAUCAGUUGUACAUCAUCCAAAUCUUGGGGAACAUAACACUGCAGAUCACUGCGGCAGAUUGUAUAACAACCAUAGGUUGCCACAAUCCCACAACUCGCAACACAUAUCAGAGAAUUCCAGGCUUGAACAGCAGCUUCCAAUGUCUACUCAGACUUGCAAUAAGAAAAUGUUUCCUUCCCACGGUGCAUCAAUUCCCACAGUAAAUUUUGCAACCGUGAAUGAUGGAUUUGGAAGGAGACCUAACAUUCAUCCAACAUCAUCAGAAAGUUUAGACAGAUAUAAACAUUUAGAAACUCACUUUCAUCAGAACUUUGAUAAUGGUAGUGUUUUACAGAGACAGCGUGUACAUGUCCCUACACAUCGUGAUAUGAUGCAUUAUCACAACCAUCCAGUGCAGAGUGCUCAUCAGUACCAUACGGACAGACCUACACCUAGCAGUUCCUACAUUCCAGUUCAUCAUAAAACAGGGCUUCAUGGCCAUAAAUCAGAGCAGCAGCAGCAGCUGCAGAGGAAUGAUAAUACAGAACCUCACGCUGCAUCUGAGAGACAGAAGUACUGCUCAGUCAAUAGACGUGGAUCACACUCUAUAGCAUUGACUCCAGACAAGUCAUACCAAAAUGCUCGUUCUGUGGAGAGUGCACUCUAUCAACCACACUCACAAUUAGUGUGUGGGCGAUGUAACCAGCCAGCAAGUUUCAUGUGCUCAGCUUGCCACAAUGAAUGGUACUGCAGUUCUGAUUGUCAGUUACGACACUGGAACUACCAUUCUGCUGAUUGUCACCGACAACAACAGAAUGAACACAAGUAGUUGCUCAACAAAUUUAUAACUGCCAUAAGGUAUUUUACUUUUGUUUUAUAAAAGUGAAUGUAAUAUUGGCCUAACAUGGCCAUGUAUUUUCAAUUUACACAUAUUUCAAUACUGGAACAAAAUAAAAAAACAACAACCAUUAUUUAAUUUUUAUUCUGAAAUAGUUUUACAUGUUAUUGUAUCUUGUUCUUAAAGAGACUAGUAUUAAAAAGCAGUUGAGGCUGUGUGUGACCAAACUGUGAUAUUGUGUACCUCUUCUAAGCUUAACUAAAAAUGUUUUAAACUAGUCUCAAUAUACCACUUUUAAUAAGAUUAACCAAAGUGUUCAUGUGUUGGUAUUACCAGCACAGAACAGUGUAUUCUCAUGUGGAAGGAGAGAUGUAUAGCGUUUUUCUUACAUUUUUGUUACAACUGAUUUAAACUUGAGAAGCUUGUUUAUUAGUUAGUUUUUUGUAUGUUGCGUACAUAACUGUUUGUACGUGCGCACCGUAGCAGAGGUGGCAAUCAAAUUGUUUGUGUUGUGAAUGGAUACCAACAUUAGAUCAGAAAUGGAUAUUUUUGGUAUGGAAAAUUUCUGCAGUUAUUUUAUAUGUUGUGGUUGUAUGUAUGGAUGGUCAUAAAAUUAUUCACAUUAGUAUCUGUGUUUGCAUAGGUUAACUUUCAUUUUUGUUAUAACUCAUGUCCUACUUUUGUUGUUUUGCAGUACAUAGAUUUAUGCAUAUAAAAGACUUUGUGAUGUUUGUAAUGUGGAGAGAAAUGGUUUUGUUCUUGUAUUAAAUACAGUCAUGGGAGAUGAAAAAUAGGUGCUCUAAACAUCAUUUGGUAGCUGCCUCUGCCAUCAGCAUUUUUAUCUCGGUGAUUUUCAUCUGGUGUCAUCCCUUUGGGUGCAUGAAAGUUGUCCGUGAAACUUUAUGUAGUCAAGAGCAUCACGUUCUUAAUGACAAGUGUAAAUAAUUUUCUUCUUUCUCUGUUAAUAUAUAAGAAAUCUAUGUUUGUUACAACUGUAGAAUGCACAGUGACUUACAUUGGAAACAUAAUAUGGAACCUACGGACCUGUGAGGUCACUCGGUUGUAUAGACGGUGAAUUGGUUUCAGAUAUUUUAUGUUUUGCAGUCCCACACAACCUGUUAAAUUCUGUGGUGCUGAUCUUCUUUCGAGUGCUUGGUGUGGAACUACAGCAUGACCUUUGUAAAAUAAUUGUAAUGUUCGUGUUCAAAAAUGAAGGUGUGGAAUAAUGCGGAAAAAAGGGGGGGAAGGAUGUGUGAUGUAUUAUGAAAUAGAGACUGGUGUUCUCAAGUAAGGGUGUAUAACAGUUGUGUGGGACUGCAUAACAUUAAAAAAUUCAAAGACAUUAAUUUCCCAUCUUUUGGCUGCUUUCGGACCAGUCUGAAAAAAAAAAAGCUCCAUCCUUCAAGCAUUGCGUACUUGGUUCUUGUAUUGUAAUUGCAUUUUCAUUUGAGCAUGUUGAGACUCACUGAGAUAUUCUGUUAAUUUGCUGUUUACUUAUAUUUCAGUGCAGUCUUAUUUACAGUAUUUUAAUAUGAAAUGUUGUGACAAUCAGUAUAAAGAAUUAGGUAGAAAUACUUGUUAACAGUGUAAGUAACAAUAGAAAAACAAAAGUGAAAAUAAGUGCUGUGAUUAUAAAAAAUAACUACAAAACUAAUGCAUUUAAAUUAGUUUAGUAAAAUAAAGCUCAAAAUUAUUAUUGAUUAUUAAUACACACAAAGUGUCACACACAUGAUGCGCCAUUGAAACUGGCCCCUAAGGAAUGUGAGACAUAAAGUAGCUAUGUCGGUACGUUCAUUGUGAAGUAAAGAUUAGGAAUAAGUUUGUCAUUUUUAUAAAUAUUUGUUGUAAGAAUGUAUAACUACAUGGAUUCAGUUUGUGAGUUGGUAUUUGUAACUGUAUUGUGUAAUACUAGAAACAGUUGAAUUUUAUGUAGGGCUCGAAAUUGAAUUUGCUUACGAGUACUUCAUGGGUUACGCACAGGAUGUUAACGACAUUCCUCUUUUUUCUGAUGCCUUCAGUUUUAUGUAAUUAUAUUAAAAGUUUGUAUUUUAAUUUU